AGAGAGAGAAAGAAGUAAGAAAAAAAAGAAAAAAAAAUACCUCAUUUUAAUCUUACUUGGAUAUCCACUAAAGAGCUUCUUAAACAGACUGAGAUUCCUGAAUUUUUAAAAUGGUGUACUACCUGAGACAGAUCCUCAGAAACUACAUGACCAAACGCAGACUUUGCCAAAAACGAUUGGUGACCAAGCAUGGCCACUGUAACAUUGAAUAUGGCAAUGUGAGAUACAGCAACUUAUUUGCUUUUGUGCUAGACUUCUGGACCACCUUUGUGGAGAUCCGUUGGCGCUUUGUUUUUGUCUUUUUUGUGGCCUCAUUCACUCUCAGUUGGUUUAUUUUUGGACUUUUAUGGUAUUGGAUUGGCCAAAACAAUGGAGAUCUGGCAUGGCAAAAUCCCUCAACUAACCACAAAGUUUGUGUACGUAAUGUAUAUGGACUGACCACUGCCUUCCUUUUCUCCCUGGAAACACAAACAACUGUGGGCUUUGGAGGACGAGAUAUCACUCCAAACUGUCCUAGUGCUAUUGCUCUCAUCAUUAUCCAGACUCUUGUUGGGGCUCUCAUUAACUGCUUCUGGUGUGGAGUGGUUAUGACCAAAAUUGCUCUGCCCAAGAACAGGGUUAAGACCAUAGCAUUUAGUGAGAUGGCAGUUAUCUGUUUAAACAGAGGAGUCCUCUGUUUGCAGAUAAGAGUGGCUAACUUGCGUAAGUCUUUGAUGAUCGGCAGUCAGAUUUAUGGAAAACUGCUAAGAACAACAUCAGCUCCUGAAGGUGAAACCAUCAUCCUGGACCAGGUCAAUGUUGACUUCAUGGUGGAUGUUGGAAAGGAUAACCUGUUUUUUGUAUGCCCCUUAACCUUAUAUCAUGUGAUUGACAAGACAAGUCCAUUCUUUGAGAUGUCAGUGGACACUCUAAAUCUACAGGACUUUGAGCUAGUGGUAUUUCUGGAUGGAAUGGCUGAGUCCACCAGCUCUUCCUGCCAGGUCAGGACUUCUUACCUACCUCAGGAAAUUAUGUGGGGCUACAAGUUCCUGCCCAUCAUUUCCCGCAGCAAGGAAGGAAGGUAUCGCAUUGACUUUUCCAAUUUUGCCAAAGUUGAGCCGACAAUAACUGCCAGCUCAGCCAGAUGCAUAAAUAAUGAAAACUAUCACUAUUCUACAAAUUGCUUUGAUAAUUACAGCUUUGUGGCCAUUGACAUUGACAAUUCUAUCAAUACAAAAAUUUAAAUUUUAAACUCAAACUCUGUGUAACUUGGAGAU